AUGCAAGGAUCCUGGGUGCUGCUGCUACUGCUGGGUCUCAGGCUGGCCCAAUGCAUCAUCCCAGUGGAGGAGGAGAACCCAGCCUUCUGGAACCGAAAGGCGGCUGAGGCCCUGGAUGUCGCCAAGAAGCUGCGGCCCAUUCAAACCUCGGCCAAGAACCUCAUCAUCUUCCUGGGGGACGGCAUGGGAGUAUCUACAGUGACAGCCACCCGGAUCCUAAAGGGACAGAGGGCAGGCAAUCUGGGGCCUGAGACACCCCUGGCCAUGGACCGCUUCCCAUACAUGGCUUUGUCCAAGACAUACAACGUGGACAGACAGGUCCCAGACAGCGCAGGCACGGCCACAGCCUACCUGUGCGGGGUCAAGACCAACUUCAAGAUCAUCGGCUUGAGUGCGGCUGCCCAAGUUGACCAGUGCAACACAACACGGGGCAGCGAGGUCAUCUCUGUGAUGCACCGUGCCAAGAAAGCAGGAAAGUCCGUGGGCGUGGUGACCACCACCUCGGUGCAGCACGCCUCCCCAGCCGCCACCUACGCACACACGGUGAACCGAAACUGGUACUCGGACGCACAGAUGCCCACCUCAGCACAGCAAGAAGGCUGCAAGGACAUCGCUACGCAGCUGGUCUACAACAUGGACAUUGAUGUGAUCCUCGGUGGGGGCCGCAAGUUCAUGUUUCCCAGGGAGACACCGGACCCUGAACACCCAGCCCAGAACGGAACCAGGUUGGAUGGACGGAACCUGGUAAAGGAAUGGCUGGCUAAGCACCAGGGGGCCCGGUAUGUCUGGAAUCACACAGAACUCAUUCAGGCAUCCCAGGACCCAGCAGUGACUCACCUCAUGGGUCUCUUUGAGCCUGAACACAUGAAGUAUGAGAGCCACCAGGAUCCCACACUCGACCCGUCCCUGAUGGAGAUGACAGAGGUGGCCGUGCGCCUGCUGAGUAGGAACCCCAGGGGUUUCUACCUCUUUGUAGAAGGAGGCCGCAUCGACCAUGGUCACCACAAGUCCUCAGCUUACCUGGCACUGAAUGAAGCUGUCAUGUUUGACGCUGCCAUCGACAGGGCGAGCCAGCUCACCGAUGAGAAGGACACGCUGACCGUGGUCACUGCCGAUCACUCCCAUGUCUUCUCCUUUGGUGGCUACACAUAUCGGGGGACCUCCAUCUUCGGGCUGGCUCCCUUCAAGGCUCAGGAUGGCAAAUCCUUUACCUCCAUCUUGUAUGGGAACGGCCCAGGCUACAUACUCAGGGGAGGGGUCCGGCCUGAUGUCACUGACCAAGAGAGCAGCGACCCCGCGUACCGGCAGCAGGCGGCGGUGCCCGUGGCGUCGGAGACGCACGGCGGCGAGGACGUGGCGGUUUUCGCGCGCGGCCCGCAGGCGCACCUGGUGCACGGCGUGCAGGAGCAGAACUACAUCGCGCACGUCAUGGCCUUCGCGGGCUGCCUGGAGCCCUACGCGGACUGCGGGCUGCCGCCCCCUGCCGGCCGCAGCGAGGGCCCCCGCCCCACCUCGGCCCUGCGGUUGCUGGCCGGGAUGCUGCUGCUGCUGGUGGGGGCGUCUGAACUCUGA